GCAUUUAAAGUUUGUUGUUGUUAUUGUUGUGCAUUGCCAUGCAUUACUUUUAUUUGAACAAAACUACUGUAUUGAAAUUAAUACUCAUCCAUCACGGUUACCAUCUUAGUAAAAACGCAACGAAAAAAAGUAACAAUUCAUUUCUAUGUCCGUUUCCGCUCUGUGCUUUUAUUUUAACGGAUACUCGUUUCACUCACUUCCGGUCAGGAGGCAAGGAUUUCGAGGGCUUGAUGGGAGCCGCACGUGAACCUCAUCGAGGGGCGAGUGGCGAGGAGGACGCGAGCCUGCUUGGCAACCCGGUCGGACCGGACCGGACCACACUGACUGGACCGCUUUUGGCGUGAAAUUGUGCGAAGUUCAUUGACGCCUGCACGCCAAAUUUGACUGCGGAAAAGACGCUCAGGUGAGUCGCUAACACCUGUGGAGGACAAAAGGUGUGGGGGCGUGAAUUCUAAGUCGUUACCUCCCUUUUUACACACUUUUUUUGCUGUGUAAUUCGGAUUCAAAUUUGCCCAAAUGGCGAAAUUUUGACUCCCGGUUAUCGGACCUGUUGUUCGCCCGAAUGGGGAACCACAUGGAGCGGUUAAAUUACGCCGAAGUUCCCACCGUGGACCCGCACGGCGUGGACCGGGAAGAAGGUCCUCGUAUCGGCGUCUCGUACAUUUUCUCUGGUGGGGAGGACGACGAGGAUGAACCGAGUGGAGGUGGUGAUAAUGGGGCGGCGGCGGACGGGACCCAGCCGAACUCCAACCCGGAAGAAACGCCGUUCGACCCGCGGGAGGAGGUGGAAUGCGCCGUAUACAAGCUGGACGAGUGCGUGUACGAGAAGAGUCGCCGGGCGUCCUCUUUGGAAGUGUACUCGCCGGAGAACUUGCUCAACAAGUGUCGCGCCGGCGAUUUGGUGGAGUUCGUGGCAGGCGGCCAGUACCCGCACUGGGCCGUUUACGUGGGCGAUUUCCAGGUGGUCCACCUGCACCGCGCCGAGGUGAAGAGCGCCUUCCUGACGGACGCCGGCCGAGGGAGACGUUGCCGGAUCGUCAACGAGCGGUACAAGUUCCGAGCCCGAGACCCGGAGGUGGUGGUGCAGAGCGCCCUGGAGCAGGUGGGCCUGAAGGACCGCGAGCUGUGCUGGCGCAACUCGGAGGGCUUUGCCGCCUGGUGCCGCUUCGGCCGCCGGGAGUUGAAGGCCGGCGGCGAGCUGCAAGGCGGCGGCUGUCAGACGUACACGCUACACGUCCUGCUGGGUGACCAGAAGUACUCGCACGCCCUCGAGUUCCAAAGCCUGGAGGACGUGAUCGCCGAAAAGAGACGCGGGGACUACUUGGGUCGCACCGCCCUCCUCCGGGAGCUGGCCGCCCACCUGAAGACCGAGACUGGAGUCCACUGAUGCAACAUUUCAACCGUCUGUUUGUUCUUCGACUUAGGCUUGUAUUUCAGUGCCUUAAACUUGUGCUUGAACGUCUUUGAAUCUCAUUGGCUGGGACCCACUAAAAUAGGCUUUUAAUAUUAUGUUUUAUUGCCUUAAACAGUGGUCCGUGAACCAAUUCAUAAAUCGGUUCCAAAAUAGUUGAAGCAUGUCAAAUUCAAGGUAACGUUAUCGCUUAUUUUAGGAAUAGCUGGCUAACCUGUGCUAGCUACAGCCUCAACAACUACAGUGAUCGCUAUUAUAUAUCGCAGAUUCAGUGCACCGUGGAUUUUUCAAACAUAUUCACUUAAAUUUGACUUGAAUUGUUUUUUUUUUAACCUGUAUACAGUAUGUUAAUCAGUCGCUACUUCGCGGAUUUUCGUUUAUCGCGGGUGGUUUUGGUCCCCAUUAGCCGCGAUAAACGAGGGAUUACUGUACAGUCGCAUUCGCUGCCGCCCACGUCACUCACCAGGCCAAGUCCCGCCUUUUCAAGUCACACGUUCAAAGUCACAGAUAGUAGUGGCGAACGUGAGGACGGCGACCCAUAACGGACCAAUGUCUUACAUGAACGUUUUGUGUUGGCAUUAUUUAAUAAUGUCAUCAUUUUCUCUCCGUCUAAUUGAUGAGAUAAUCAGAAGACGGUUCUGAAAAUAUCCAAUUGCGUCAUAAGGUUCAAGCACUUCUCUAAGGCAAUAACAUAUGAUUAAACGUUUCAGAAUCUUUAUGGUGUGUGUGUCAGAGUAGACCUGUAACGUUUUCAAGCAUGCGUUUAAUUUCCAAAGCCAUCCAGUGGUCAACUCUUAAGCUUUGAGACGGAUAAUGUUGCUUUUCACCGACUGGGGACAUUCAAACCUGUUAUUGCUGUUACGAAAUGUUUGUUACGGGAAUCAUUUCGGCUCUUUAAAUGUUUAGGAGUCAUACAAAUUAUUAUUUAGUCGCAUAAGUUGUUGUAUAGCAGCUGUGAAAUGAUGCGAUAUCUUCCAAAGUAUGUCUUGGAAGUCACAUGACUUCAUACGAAGAUGUCUUCACUUGUAGAUGACGAGCUUUCACUACUCUGAUGUUGUUUAUGUAUAGCAGAAAAGUAGCAAUCAAUAAGAGUGCAAUAUUUGCAUACAUUUGUUUAAAAAAAACACAUUUGUUUGUUUGCCCGAAAAUAAACUGUUUUGAAUUCA